AUGUCCGCCUACCAGCUGCUGCUUGUCGCCCUCGCGGCGUGCCUGUCGCUCGUCUCUGCCAGCAAGGAGGAGUUCCCGCUCGUGUGGGUGUGCCUGGGCAUCACCGUUGCCGGCGUGAUCGUGGCUCUGUUUGUGGCGUACAAGCGCCCCGCUGAGCUGCACCUGCCCGGCUCCGUUGUGAUGACGGCGGUGGAGAGCGAGCCUGCUGGCGGCAAGUUUACUGAGGAGCCCAUCUAA